GACGCGUGCCGACAGAUAGCAUGAAUAAACGGAAAAAAAGCAACUUCGUUCAAUAACCCAACCAUCGACAGCUUUUUGGCGACGUGAUUCUACUGGAUUACUUACAACUAAUCACCCAUUUCUCUACAACCGAAGCAGUGUCAAUAAUAUUCAAGCCGUGGGACAGAAAGCGCAGACACUUGGCUUGCGAAUCGCUCGGCGCCACAAUUAACCCUGGUCACUUCCACAUCGGGUCUUUGACGGCAACCAACUGCUCGCAACUCCUCACCCUCAAGACUGCUUGCUCGACUCUGCUACGCCACUUCGGCCAUCAUAUGCAGUGGAAUAGGGGAUCUCCCAUGAUGCUCUGAGCGAUCAGCGGCCCCUCCCAUUGCAUAGCUGCAUCGAGCACCACAGUCUCGUAAGCGACAACCCUGAAGGGUUAGGGUUAGCCGCCACCCCGCUGCCAUGCCACAACCAAUUGUCUACGAGGGGGUCAAUGGAUGUUACGAGGGUACUCUGUUCAAUGGUCUCAAGUUCUUCGUAUCCAGGCGGUUGCCUCUUCGCAGUGAGGUUCUUGGAAAGAUCAAGAACAAUGGCGGCAAAAUCGUAGAAAUGGAGAAGUUUGCCGAUGUGCUGAUCUGGGACUAUCUCAUUACACAUGGUGCUCCGGCUGGUGCUGUAUCUUCCAAAUUUGUCGAGGAUUGCGUUUCCAAGGGGGAAAUUGUCAACAAGGAGGAGUAUCUUGUUGCUGUUCCAACUGCGACUCCAGUCGGCUCUUCUGCUCCCGUCAAGAAGGGUACGAAAACCCCCUUCACACCGAAAGAUGAUCAGAUGCUCCUGAGCUGGAUCAGGCAGAAGGAAGAGGCCGGGGAGAGCAUCAAGGGCAAUGCCAUCUAUCGAGAACUGGCUGCAAAGUACCCUCACCACACUUACCAGUCCUGGCGGUCACGAUACGUUGAGAAACUUUUACACCUCCCACCACAACAGUCUGUCCACCCGCUUCCGCCUCCCAUCCCGACGCUAGUCAAGUCUAAAUCGUCAAGUGAUGCACGAGCUGCACCGCCAUCGACUGCAUCGUCGACUAUCGGAAAGAAGUUGGUUAAGAGGAGGGAAUUCACAAAGCAAGAUGAUGAGAUUCUCCUUCAGCAUCUGGGUAGGUGGCAAGGGUCAGAGUCUGGGCAGAAUGCAUACAAAGAGCUGGAAGAACAGUACCCACAUCAUACCUGGCAGUCGUGGCGGAAUCGAUACGUCAAGACCUUGUCGAAACGAAGGGAUUCUGGCUCCGGCGAUGAGCUGCCGCCAGCAAAGCGACCGCGGAAGUCUACCGCCAGUGAUACUGUUCCAUCCCGCACGCCCACGGCACCGCCCACAACGCAACUGGAAUUGAGCCAGAAAGACAAGGAAAAAUAUGAGGCACUCCGGGAAAAAAAGAGAAAGAUGGCGGAGGCCAAAGCUGCAAAACAAGCCAAGUCAACCAGCCAAACGAGUACAGCAGACCAGGCCCAGGCCUCAAGCUGGGUGGAAGAGCGGGAGAAACAGCCCCGAGCUGCCAGUGCGGCAUCGUCGCCACCAUUGCCAUCAGGCAGCCAGAAAGAGGAGCUGAAACGAAAGCUGAAGCGGAUUCGAGCGGAAAAGGCACGGAAAGGGGCGUCUACCCCGCUAAAACCUACUCAGGGGGGGCAAUCCGAGAGAACAGCGGGUGCUUCUAGCAGUACACCACUACCGCCGGCGACCAAUGAGACCUCUUCUGGGUUCCUAACGCAAGUCUCUGCCCCCAAUAUCGACAGCCCUGCCUUUUCAACUCAGGUGUCCGCCGCAGUAGCGGAAACACCGCAGGCUCCGACGCCUGCGCAGCGGAAAGAGCUCGAGCAAGCUAGGAUUCGAUCACGGAAGAACAUGAAUGGGUUGAUAACCUCGAGGGAGUCCUGGUUGGAGUUAAGGCGUAUGUUUAGUGAGUUUAAUGAACUACCUGAACCGAGCGAGACUGUGACGGUGUUUGGGCGGGAGGUGGACUGUUGGGAUUUGUGGUCUGAGGUUGUGGAGGUUGGGUACCCGCCUUCGCCGGCCGCGUGGGUGCUUAUUGCGGAGGGGUUGGGGUUUGUGGAUGAUCAGGAGUUGAGGGAGGAGGGGGAGAGGAGUGUGGUGCAGGCGCUGAAGGAGGGGUUUGAGGGGGUUUUGGAAGAGUUUUGGUUUGCGGUGGAGUGGUUUGCUGGUGAGAGGUUUCAGGGGUUGGAGGUGGAGGAGGAGUAG